AUGUGGAAACAGUAUCACCUCGCCCAGCCGGAGGGCAUCGACAUCAUCCGCUCGGCGGCCAACACUCGCGUCCCCCGAACCAACUGCCGUCGCUCCACAGUGCCGAGGGAGGUUCGUCUGUGGCAAGUGCAACGCAAGCCGACCCACCGCCAAUCGCACAAACCCUGGAUCCAGGUCCAUGACGAUCCAGCUGUCCGGGUACGAGAGCAUGCAACGGAAGGCAGCGCAUAUCCGAACGGUUUCGAUGCCGUGUCGUGCGACACCUGCAUGGAGACCGUGAUUCCGAUCCCCGACACGGACGGGUAUGCGCAGUCCUGGCGGCACGCCUGCUCCGCGGAUCUCGCACCGGGGGCAGAGAAUGCUACCAUCGUCGAGCACUUGCGCGAUGGCUGCACCAGAUCACAAAUCCACUUCGUGUCUGAGCUCUUCGCCUUUCCUGAGCUUUUGGAGCAGGCCGCGCAGGGGCUGGAGGAGCACGACUUUGCAGAUGUCGUGAGACGUAUCUUGGACGAGACCGUGGACAACCCCCCGCGGUUCCGUCAUUUGGAGGAGGAGGCGGACAGCGCACCACCAGUGCUGGUCGCACCGGGGUCGUCAAUGCGCUGGGUCGCUGAAAAUGCGAUCGGCCUCGCCCACGCCCUCGUGGCCGGGCGCUUCGAGGAGCCCGAAGGCUGUCGACUGCCCGACAGGGUACCGCCUCGCUAUCGUUCAGCAAGAGUCCGGCGGGCGCCGUCCGCUCCACCUUCACCGGGGUGGGAGCGGGUCCGAAGCCUGAGAAGCGCCAGCUCAUGUGCGCUGCCCCGAUGUCUACGGCAACGAGGGCGAAAAGACGUCCAAGACGCCUCCUUCCCACAGCCAGCAACCUUCACCAUGGCCGACACUACCACCACCACUACGACUACGACCACGACCGCUCCUGCCGCUACCACCGGUGCCUCGCCGACCACCUCUACGGGGGAGAAGAACAUUGUCGUCUUUGGCGGUACGGGUGCCCAGGGCAGUGCCUUCAUCCGCGCGCUCUCCGAGUAUCCAGGCUACAAGAUCUUCCUCCUCGUGCGCUCCGAGAAGCCGACGCCGCUGAAGGACCUGCCCGGCGUCACCGUCGUGCACUCUGCCGAGUAUGGCGAGCACCCCGCGCUCGCUCUCCGUGCUACGCACCUCAAACCCGGCGAGGUGUACGGCGUUUUCUCGGUUCAGGGGUACAUUCCGGAGAAGCAGGAGAUUACGCAGGGCAAGAACAUUGCGCGCGCGGCGAAGGAGUGGCAAUGCCAUCACUUCAUCUAUGCGUCUGCGAACUGCAGGUCUGAGGAGGUGAAUGACGGGAUGCACGGAAAGCGCGUCGUCGAGGCCGAGAUCGAGAAGCAGGGUUUCCCGCUCGUGACCAUCCUGGGCGACACGGACUUCAUGGACAACUGGCUCCCGCACGCCGGCUACAGCCACAAGCUGUACCGCACUGUCCUGUGGCGCAAGACGUUCACGCCCGAGCAGCUGGGCACCAAGAAGAUCAUGCUCGUCUCGACGCGCGACAUUGGCCGCGCGGGCGCCAAGGCCCUCAACGAGGGCAUCACGGGCAAGAUCCCCCUUGCGGGCGACAAGCUCACCAUGAACGGCAUCAUUGAGACGUACGAGGACUGCUACGGCAAGAAGCCCGAUGAGGCCAUGGGCCUGGCCGCUAGUGCGGUCAAGUAUGUCUCGUCCGCCAUCAGCGGUCUCAGCAACUUCUACAAGAACUUUGACUCCGAGUUCGAUCUCGAGGUGACGCGCAAGGUGCUCCCUGACCCAGAGGACUUCAAGUCCUUCCUCCAGCGCACGAAGGAGGAGCAGCCUACCCGCCGCCUGUCCUUCACGGGCGCGCACCGCAAGUCGUUCGACAAGAGCGCCGAGCGCAAGGCUUCCAAGGACUCGGCGGCGAGCCACUAG